UAUUUUGACUCUGUUGUCAGGUGUUUUUUUUCUCCUCAAUUUAACUUUAUUUCCAACGUGUCAGCUGACCUGACAGCAGCAGGUCUGAGAUCAGCAGCAUGUCAAAUGUUUAGGAAUGUUUAGAUAACAACGUCACGUGGCGCAGCUGUGAAUCAUAGACUUGAAUUGAUAGAGCGGCCAUUUCCAUUCAGGUCCACACUUCAUGAAUGACCCGGUUAGCAGCCGCUCCUCCCUGACAUCGCUCACACUGGCUGUCUGGCACCGUCUUCGCGGAGAUCAGGGUGGAUUUGGUGGCAGCCUGGUUAGUUUACACAGAGGCCAUGUAAGGAGUUUCCUUUCUAUCCAGUCCAGCUCUGUGCUCUGAGUCCUCUGCAGUCUGCAUCAGCAAAGUGUUUUGGCAUCACUUCUCGUCCUGCCUUCGGUGUCCAUUCCGGCGUCAUGUGAACGGGGUUCACGGUGGUCUCUCUCGCCCUGGACCGGACCCUCCUCCUUCGAGCUCAUUCCUCAGUGUCGGUCCUCGCUCAGGUAGUCCCGGUGGGGUAGCGUCCCUGUCCCCCGCUGUCCCCGGUUUAUACUGCGCCCUUCGGCGUGCGGCGGAGCGGAGGAUGAGCGAGCAAGGGAAGGGCUCGGCAUCCGCCUCUGCCGCGGCCCCGGCACCUGGGUCGGAUACUUACAAAGGCUGGCUUUUUAAAUGGACCAACUAUUUGAAAGGGUACCAGCGGCGGUGGUUUGUCCUCAGCAAUGGUCUGCUUUCAUACUACAGGACUCAGGCAGAGAUGGCCCAUACGUGUCGUGGAACAAUCAACUUGGCCACGGCGCACAUCGACACAGAGGACGCCUGCAACAUUGUCCUGAGCAGCGGCGGCCGCACAUACCACCUGAAAGCUAGCACGGAAGUGGAGAGGCAGAGAUGGGUCACAGCACUGGAGUUGGCCAAAGCUAAAGCUAUCCGCAUGAUGAACGAUCAGUCUGAUGACUCGGGGGACGAGGAGCCUACAUCCCAGUCGGACCGCAGUGAGAUUCAGGGCACCCUGAAGAUACUUGUCAGCAAGCUCGACGACCUCAGCACAUGUAAUGACCUGAUCGCCAAGCACGGUGCUGCCCUGCAGCGUUCUCUGAGUGAACUCGAGGGUCUGAAGGUCCCUGUGGAGGGAGGGGAGAAGAUCAAGGCAGUCAAUGAGCGAGCCACCCUCUUCCGCAUCACUUCCAAUGCUAUGAUCAAUGCGUGUCGAGACUUCUUGGACCUAGCCGAGACUCACAGCAGGAGAUGGCAGCGAGCGCUGCAGUAUGAGCGAGAGCAGCGUACCCACCUAGAGGAGACCAUUGAGCAGCUAGCCAAGCAGCAUAACAGCCUGGAGCGAGCGUGGAGACAAGCUCCCACGCUCGUUUCCACCACACCCAGUGCCCCUACCACCAACAAGGAAGGGAGUGAGAGGCUGCACAAAGAAGAGGCGAGUGAUGAAGAUGAGGAUACUGAGUACUUUGAUGCCAUGGAGGAUUCCCCUGCAUUCAUCACAGUGACUGCCACUGACAACACACAGCACAGGCGAUCUCAGAGUAAUUUGAGUGGAGCAAGCGGAGGUCAGCCAAGUGACUGGAACCAGGACGACCAUAUGUCCCCAGGCUGUAAUGAUGUGUCAGGGAAGGAGCUGCAGCCCCGCAGACAGAGGAGGACUCGUGUCCCAGACAAGCCCAACUACUCCCUCAAUUUGUGGAGCAUCAUGAAGAACUGCAUCGGCAAGGAGCUCUCCAAAAUCCCCAUGCCUGUAAACUUCAACGAGCCUCUGUCGAUGCUGCAGCGUCUCACAGAGGACCUUGAGUAUCAUGAGCUCCUGGACAAAGCAGCGCGCUGUGAUUCCUCCCUGGAGCAGAUGUGCCUGGUUGCUGCCUUCUCUGUCUCAUCCUACUCCACCACGGUCCACCGGACAGCCAAGCCCUUCAACCCCCUCCUGGGUGAGACCUACGAGCUCGAUCGCCUGGAGGACUUAGGCUACCGCUCGCUGUGUGAGCAGGUGAGCCAUCACCCCCCUGCAGCUGCGCAUCACGUGUUUUCCCAGCGAGGCUGGACCCUGUGGCAGGAAAUCACCAUUGCCAGCAAGUUCCGCGGCAAAUACCUCUCCAUAAUGCCUCUGGGUGCCAUUCACCUGCAGUUUCACUCCAGCGGGAACCACUACGUUUGGAGAAAGGUCACCUCCACAGUGCACAACAUCAUCGUAGGCAAGCUGUGGAUUGAUCAGUCGGGGGACAUUGAGAUUGUGAAUCACAGGACCAAAGAGACCUGCCAGCUCAAGUUCUCUCCCUACAGUUAUUUCUCCAGGGAUGUUCCUCGGAAGGUGACAGGUGUGGUGGCAGACAGUGGGGGCCAGGCUCACUACAUCCUCUCUGGAACGUGGGAUGAUAAAAUAGAGAGUGCCAAGAUUAUUCAGAGCAGCCGAGGUGGGAGUGGAUCAGAGGGCAAGCAGAAGACUGUCUAUCAGACGUUGUCCCCCAAACUGCUGUGGAAGAAAUACCCGCUCCCAGAGAAUGCUGAGAACAUGUACUACUUCUCUGCGCUGGCACUGACCCUGAAUGAGCAGGAGGAAGGUGUAGGACUGACUGACAGCCGUCUGAGACCAGACCAGAGGCUGAUGGAGGACGGGCGAUGGGACGAGGCCAACUCAGAAAAACAGAGGCUGGAGGAAAAACAAAGAGCAGUGCGGAGGAGGAGGGAAGCGGAGGCCACAGACGCUCUGGAUGACGGGAGAGAAUACGAAGGCUACCAGCCGCUGUGGUUUCACCAGAGGAGGGACUCAAUCACUGGAGAGACAAACUUUGUGUACAAGGGAGGUUACUGGGAGGCGAAGGACAGACAGGACUGGAGCAUGUGUCCCGACAUCUUCUAACCCAGGAACUCCACCCGGAUCACACCGAACCUCAUCGGACAGGGAACUGCUCUAGCUCUGGUCCUGAAGCAAGGGGGGCGUAGCUGGCUUAUGAGCACCAUGUGGACCUUUGUGAGCACGAGAAUGUGUAUGUUUCACACACUCUCGGCUUACACUGUACCUCCAAAUGUGCACUCUCAUUCUGUGAAGCGGCGUUCCCUGAGUAGUCCUCUUUGACACUGAAACAGCAGUGAGGUAAUGUGUGGAUGUAAGUUGGCGUUGGAGACCACACAAUAACAGCACCUGCACGCUCCUAAAAUCAGGUGCUCUCUAAAUCCUACCCACGAUGCACUUUUCUGUGUUCACCCCAUUUAAGAGUUUUACUGAUUAGACAGAAACCCAUAUCAGAGCUGCUCGUGAUUAAUGGACUGACAGCCAAUGAGGAGAAAAGUCAUAAACGGGCACACGUGGGAAGGUUGCAAGAAAAAUGACCUCAACCUCCGUUUUAUUCAGCACAACUGAGAUUAUAUUAGCCCUACUCUAUAAAACUUAAAUUAGUUCCUCUCUCUAGGACUUCAAGUGCUCAUUAUUUGGCCCUUUUAGUUGCUUAUGAAAGAGGCUGAAGCCUGAAAAUGGUCUCUGAUUUUCUUUAUUAUCAGUAAUGCAGACGCAAAGUGUUUAAAAUGGAUUUUGAUAAAAAAGACAUUCUGAAAAUGAUAUGUGUAUAAAUAUUUACAGACAAAAUAGGUAAAAAGAUUGUUGUAAAAUAAUCCAAUACAUGCUUUGCAGAAAUGUUAUUUAAUGCUGCUUAUUUUUACAAUCACUUUUGAAAUUCCCUCUGUUGUAUCAUUACUUUUAUGUUAAAUCAGAAAGUCUCAAGACAAAUAAGUGGGAGCCAGAAAUGUGAUUUGAUUUGUUCUGACUGGACUCAGAGGCAAAGUCUCUUUAUUUAGUAACAUGAUAAGCAAAAUAAAACUAAUUUAAAAACACUUGGAACGUGUUAAAAGUGAAACACAAGCAGAGGAGCAUCAAACUGUCAUUGUGAAAAUAAGCCAGAUGAAAUAACAUUUCAAAGUGAUGAGCCUUUUUAUUUGGUAUAUUGGAUUACUGUACAAUUAGGAUACAUUUUUUAUAUAUUUACUGUAUUUUGUCUGUAUUUGUUCAUAUAAUAAUUUACUGCACAAUGUCUUAUUUAUUAUAUUUUCAACACUUUACAGUUGAUAUUUGGUUGGUCAGAUCUUGGGCUGCAACUCAGGAUACAUUUCUGAUUAUUUUCACCAUUAAUCGAUUGAUCGUUAAGUCGCUAAAAUUCCAGUUUGUGGGAAGUUGUUCCCUUUGUCCCACCAACAGUCCAAAACUUAAAAACUCUUCAUUUACCAUCAUAAAUGAUGAAGAGAAGCAGCAAAACGUCACAUAAGAAUUUGAAACAAUUGACUUUUGAUUGAUUAAUGGAUUAAAUGACUAAUAGUUGCAGCUCUAGUCAGAACUCUGUCAGAGGCUGGUUUAUCUGAACUGAUUAAAUAUGCAGCAGCGCAGAAAUACAUUCUGUUCUUUGGGUUUGAGUGUUGGGAGUUUCCCUCUUGAUCCAUGAACACACAGUCUGUAGUGGUCAGUUAGACUAUAAUCCACAUAGAGUUACGAUGACUGCUCAUUCAUUAUAUAUUUUAGAUAAACAUUGCCUCAGUGCUUUGAUGCAUUUGAGUCAUCUUAACACGCUUCAGAUAACUUCCAUUUGUGAUUCUGAUUAGUAAAAUCCUGCAGUAGUCAGUCCUUUUAGUUGUAAUACACUAGUGCAGCAGAACAACAUCUAUAUCACUCAAGUAGGAACCUCCGUCAGAGAACUGAAUACGCACUUUUCGCUGUGGUUGACCAUAGGUGACUGUAAUACAUAUCUCUUUGUUGAUGUUGAGAAAACUUCACUCCGUACUUUACCUUGUCCUCUGGUGCUCUCCCAUAGCAACACAUAUCCUUGUUGCCAUCGUCCUCAGUGAUCAUUCAAAGUAUUUAAAUCAGCAUCAAAUCACUGAGACAUCCAGUAAUACCCACCCGGUACAGAACAUCCAGGAACAUGUUGGUUUCUGCAGUGUGCACUAGCUCCACAGCCUCUAUCAGUCACUAGUGUGUAGUUCAGAUGUUCCCAGUAGAACCAGUGCAGCGUGGCUCCAGCUGACCGGAGGUUUUAGAAGCAGACAGGGCUGGUUCCUGCAGCACACCUCCGUGCAGUCAGCUCCGGCCACAGCUGCAGCUCCAGGUUCAACACAGCUCACAUCUGUAGUCCUUUCAUUUAGUGUUUGUAGGCAUGCUGAUCUGGGAUCAGCUCACGAAGGUACCCUCUGUCUUUUGCCUUUGAUGGGCUGAACAAGGGAAAGAGUCCCCUGACCUGUGCACUACACGUCUCCGGUGAUAAGAGUUUUGAAAACCAGUUAGUAUUUUGUUUUGUAAUUAUUGUUAGGAAUGUAGAGUUCAAGGCUGGACGUAUUGUAUCUACCGUCUGGUCUAUUUGUGUGAAUAUUUUGUGAUAAACGAAUGAUAUUGUAAAAUGAAGAAUAAUUAUACUAAUCUGAGUAUUAAGUUAUCUGUACAGCAUCGGUCAAAUCUGAAAAAAAAAAAAAAAGACUGAAUACGCCUGAAGGAUUUGCUGUUAUUAUAACUUUUAAUCCAGAUUGAUUCUGCUAAGAUGGAUGUUAACUCCCUCAAUCUGGCUGCAGAUUUCUUGUUUUAUAUUUUAAAAAAACUGUCUUAACACACUGAAAAUAUUUUUUAUAGAGUCCUUGAUACUAGCACAUUAGUAACUGUGGUUCAGUGAUGAUUUCAUAGAUCAACAGCUCCUCCGAUGUGCAGGCCAUAAAGAUGUAUAAAAUGCACUGGAAAAGACAUAAAUACACAGACUGAAGGAGGUGUUCAGCUAAUAAAAUGUAAAAAGUUUA